AUUUUCAGUUCCUCACCAAUUGCAUCCGAAACUACGCCUACAACAACACCAUCGUUCGCAGGGAUCCCUUCGCGCCGUCGCUGCAGUGAGUAAUAAGCGGCCAAGCAUUUCCGCCCAACGCCAGCUUACAAAGAGACGAGCCCAGCACCGGCCCUGCCGACACGACACUUCCGCUUUAAACCGCCCGCACGCAUAGGACACUAGAAAGCAACGUAGCCAUGGGGGCCGCCAUUAUGAAAACCUGCUUCGCCGGGGAGCCCUUCGAGACCCCGCACCGUCACCAUCAGCACAUGUCGCACCACGACGCGCGCCGGCGCUAUGAGCAACAGUGCACGCGCUCUCUGGCCAAGACCAUGCCGCCGUCAGCCACGGCGGUGACACCGCAUGCUCGUCGCGUGGACCGCCGCAGUGCUGCCGGCCUUGAAUCCCCUGACAAGGAACUGCUUGCCAAAAAAUAUGCGGCCCGCCGCGCGCUGGAUCUGCCGCAAACGGCCGUGCAUCUCCAGAAGCUCGGCCAUGACGUGGCCAAGUCCAGGAAGAGCCCGGCCAGCUCGGUGUCGUCCGAGGCCGCCACCAUGUCUGAGAGUUCGUUCGUGGCCGACUCGCCCUCGCACGCGAUCAGCCCUGUGCGCCGCUCCAGCCCGACGGCCGCAGGAUUCCGUGCACUCCUACCGAGUCAAUACGUCCUCGAGUGCGUGGCCGGCAAAGGAACGACCUCCACGUGCUACAAAUGCAAGCGCAAGACCGACGGCCGACGCUUCGCCUGCAAGAUCAUCGAGAAGAGGAAGCUGGCCCCGUCUGCCCGGAAGAGAAUGGAGGUGGCCGCUCAGUUACGCCGCGAGGUGGACGUGCUGCGACGCGUAGACCACCCGCAUAUCGCCAAACUGGAACAAUCUUUUGAGGACGACAACUACUUGAUCCUCAUUAUGGAGCUCAUGGAGGGUGGCGAGCUGUUCGACGCCAUCGUGGACAAAGGUCGCUUCUCGGAGCGUGAGGCCGUUCACGUGGCCCGCUGUAUUCUCUCCGCUAUUCAACACAUGCACGAGCGUGGCGUCGUUCACCGCGAUCUCAAGCCGGAGAACAUGCUUCUGGCCGUGUCAACACGUCGAGGACGUCGUCAGGACGCGGCCAACCCACUGAACAUCAAGAUCAUCGACUUCGGCUUCGCUAAAAUUCUUAAAGAGGGCGCGACAUCCACGUCCUUCCUGGGCACGGGAGGCUAUUUGGCCCCCGAGAUUUUGCUGCGGCAGCCGUACGGCACCUCGGUGGACAUGUGGUCCUUCGGGGUCUUGACCUACUUGCUGCUCUGCGGCCGACUACCAUUUGCAGCUACCACUCAACUACGACCAAACCAGAAGAUUCAAUCGCUGUACAAACUCACCUUCCCUAAGAGGUACUGGCGCGGGGUGAGCCCCGUGGCCAUCGAUUUCUUGCAGCGCGUGCUGGUACUCAACCCGUCCGCGAGACUUACGGCCACUGAGGCACUGAACCAUCCAUGGUUACGGUGCUAAAAGUGGCUCAAACACAGUGUUAGGUAUUUAUUCAAUGCAGUUUAUUGAUUUUGCAACUAGAGUUAGAGUUACGGUAUCCGUUACCGUUUAAGGUGGCUAAUGUAUCGUAGUGAUAGCAACGCUAACAAACGGAAUACCACGAUGAGAAUGCCGAGGAUCAAGACGUUCCUGCCAAUUUGAUCCGACUUCAUGUUGAAGGCCAGCUCGACGUACUGCUUCAGAGUAAUGUUGCCGAUAGUAGGCGGCGCGUUCUUCAAAACUUGACAACCGAGGUUACUGUUGGUUCCAUCGGGGCAGUCAGCAAAGACCAUUGCAACAAGUGUUGCUAUACUGUACGUAGGCGGCGAGAUGUAAUAGAUCCACUUGUAACCUAACGAGAUAUUAUUCGCCGGAGGGUUGAAGCCUGAGAACAGCAUGAAGAUGGAGCUCAGUAAUGCCCCAGCAAUCGAUGCAACAGCUACACUAGGCAAGGCAAACACCAAAAGUUGACCGAAAUACACGAACAGUAGAGCGUUGAGAGAUACCACAAGCCAGUAUUGAAUAAACGUUUCAAAGCCAG